AUGUCACUUGAUGGGGAGCUGACAGUGGAAAUGGAAGAAUUCGCCUCCAUGAGAGAAAGGAUGGCUGCACUGAGGAAGAAGAACAAAACCUUCCAUAGCAACAAGAUUGAUAAACUUUGGAAAAUGGGCGAAAAAUACCCCGUCUACAAGCAAGGACCCAAUAUUGGUCCCGACAACGCUAACCUUGAAGCGACUGAGGAAGAAGACGACGAGGAAAUCAUCUACAAGCCUCCAUUCCUAGAGAUGAGAGUAGAAAUGCAAAGGAGACAGGAUCUGCCUCCACCAGGAUUUGCUGCUAACGCUGCUGAUGGGAGGCCUCCAAUCUACUUCCCUUCCUCAAAUAUGGAUCCAGCUCAGAACCAACCAUCUACACCUGCUCAGAAUCCGUCGUAUGCCGAGCACGAUGUACACAGUUCUGAGCUGGACCGUUAUGAGAAACAAGAAAAGGAGUGGAGGGAAAAGGAAGAGGUAAAGAUCGACAUAAAGGAAGAGAUCAAGAAGGCCAUGAAGGAUCCCCAAUGCAUCCCUGAUAUCGCCGAGUUUAGUUAUGAAGACUUAUGUAUUCAUCCAAAUUUGGACCUUCCAGAAGGGUUCAAGAUCCCAAAGUUUGACACCUUCGGAGGAGUGGGAAACCCUAUGGCUCAUUUGAGAGCCUACUGCGACCAGCUUGUUGGAGUUGGUAGGGAUGAAGCUCUAUUAAUGCGGCUCUUCAGCCGAAGCCUGUGCGGAGAAGCUCCUGAAUGGUUCACCUCACAUGAAACCAGGCAAUGGCCCAGCUGGAAUGCAUUGGCAAAAGAUUUUAUCAAUCAAUUUGAUUACAACGUUGAAAUUGUUCGAGACCGAUACUCUUUGGAUAAGAUGAAGCAAAAAUCAACCGAGAGCUAUAGGGAGUUCGCCUAUAGGUGGAGAAAAGAAGCGGCAAGGGUGAGACCACCCAUGUCUGAGAAAGAAAUUGUUGAAGUAGUCGUGCGCGUGCAAAAGCCUGAAUAUUAUGACAGAAUUAUGUUGCUCUUUAGAUUAAAAUUUGCCGAGAUAAUAAAGAUUGGUGAGACUAUCGAGGACGGUUUAAAAUCAGAAAAGAUAGCCCGUGUAGCCGCAUCGCCUGGAUCUUCAGGGUUGUUGAAAAAGAAAAGAGAGGAAAUCGCUUCCGGUGUUUCUCCCAACUAUGCUAACGUGCAGUCGAGCUACCGAGCACCCCCUCCUGUUUAUCAAGUCCAAGCUCCACUAUACCGAAAUUCCCCUUCGAAUUACCAAGCUCCAUCACCAAACUACCAAACAAAUCCAUAUCCCAGAAGCCAAGAUCCCCAUCCAUAUAGCAGAAGUUAUCAACAGGUGCCUCCUCUUCAACAAGACAAUUAUGACCCUCCCCGACCUAGAUUCGAGAAGAAGCCUUCAAGGAACUUCACUACGCUCACUAAAAGCCGAAUAAAGUUGUACGAGCAACUGGCUGCAGCCGGAUACAUCCACCAUGUGGGACCCGAACCCGUGGAUGAUUUGAUUGACAAAGAGGCAGUCUCUCUCCAAACAGCGGCACCAAAUGUCAUCACCAACCCAUUUCCAAAUCAUGGGGGCGGCAAUGUCAAUAUGAUUGAGACAGACGAUGAUUGGUGUGGAACGAAAAAGAUUAAUCAAAUAGUUCACGAUGAUUUGGAAAAGGCUGUAGCUUCUUUGAGCAUCAAAGAGAAGAAAAAGUUUGUUAUUUUGACACCCGUAAAGGCUGUUUCUUUGGUGCCAUCAAAAACUCUCAUCAAGCCUAAGUUCGUUGUUGUAACUACUGCUGCUCAAGGCAUGACCUGA